CCACCCCCUUUACUCCAUGUGGAGAGGUUGGAGCUGCCUGACCCCCUCCCCUGUCAGCCCCCCUUGUUCCCAAAAAGCUUUGUGAAACUUUGCCCCGGCAGAAGGAAAGCGAGGCAGAGUGAUGAGCGAGAGGAGCGGCAGUCAGGAUCCAAUUAGAAGACACAGCCACACUGACAUUGAGGGGGGGAAGAAGCGAAAGGAUCCUGACGUUCCCAAGUGGGUAUGCGCCUUGUGCAUCCGCCUUGUGUGUCAUAAUGGCUCAGCAAGCAAGGAUUGGACGUCCAGAAGCUCUCUAAGCGUGCCGUGGCUACAGCAUCCUUAGUUGUCCGUCACCAUGCCGUCGGUCUCCCUCAGUUUGCCGACAGCUUUGGCCGGUCCUGCUCGUACCUGGGUCUGUCUGUCCUGCAUGUUCUGGCCGGAGGAAUUGGACGCUCUGCAUUCCCACACUUUCCGGGAGAAGACUUUUAAGAAGUCCAAGCACUGCAGCGUUUGCAGACAGAUCAUCGUCCACGAUGGACUCGUAUGCAGAGUGUGCCGAAUUCCUUGCCACAAGAAAUGCGAACCAAAGGUGUCUUCGCCUUGUGUUCCAGCGACAAACUAUGAGCUGGCGCCCACCAAUGACCUGCCUCUCAAACAUGUAGAUACAAUGGGCUCAACAAAAUCCUCAAAAAGCAUGGAGUCACGGCACAGACCUUCCAGCAGGAGUAUGAGUCUGCUGCAGUCUCUGGAGGAAGGUUACGAGGUGGACCUGCUCUACAUCACAGAGAGGAUCAUCUCCGUCUCGUUCCCGAGCAGAGUGGAGGAGCCGAGCUACUCGGCUAACCUGCGCGAGGUCGCCUCCAUGCUGCGCUCCAAACAUGGCCACAACUACUUGCUCUUCAACCUCAGUGAGAAACGUUACGACAUCAGCGAACUUCAUUCAAAGGUGUUGGACUUUGGCUGGCCAGACCAUCACGCACCAGCCCUGGAUAAAAUCUGCAGCAUCUGCAAGGCCAUGGACACGUGGCUGAGUGCAGACAGCCAUAAUGUGGUGGUCAUACACAAUAAGGGUAACAGAGGCAGAACUGGAGUAGUGGUGGCUGCCUAUAUGCAUUACAGCAAUAUAUCCGCCAGUGCUGAUCAGGCUCUGGACAGGUUUGCCAUGAAGCGCUUCUAUGAAGACAAAGUGCUUCCUGUGGGUCAACCCUCUCAGAGAAGGUAUGUGGAGUACUUCAGCGGUUUGCUCAGCGGACACAUCAAGAUCAACAACAAACCCUUAUUUCUUCACCAUGUCAUCAUGCACGGCAUCCCCAACUUUGAGUCCAAAGGAGGAUGCCGUCCUUUCCUCAAAAUAUACCAGGCCAUGCAGCCCGUCUACACAUCUGGGAUCUAUAAUGUUCAAGGGGACAGCCAGACUAGUAUCUGUAUCACCAUUGAACCUGGGCUACUUCUGAAAGGAGACAUCCUGCUCAAGUGCUACCACAAGCGUUAUCUGGGUCCGUGCCGUGAUGUGAUUUUCCGGGUACAGUUCCACACGUGCGCUGUUCACGAUCUGGGAAUCGUCUUUGGGAAAGACGAGCUCGAUGAGACUUUCAAAGAUGAGAGGUUUCCUGAAUAUGGCAAAGUCGAGUUUAUCUUUUCCUUUGGCCCAGAAAAAAUGUAUGGUCAAGGUAUGGAUCACCUGGAGAACGGGCCGAGCGUCUCUGUGGACUACAACACACAAGAUCCGCUGAUUCGCUGGGACUCUUACGAGAACUUCAAUCAGAAUAAUGAGGACACGACAGAAGAAGUCAUCCAUACCCAAGGACCUUUGGAUGGGAGUCUCUACGCUAAAGUGCGCAAAAAAGAGUCUGUUGAUGGGACUGUCACAGCCAAUGGGCUCCCACCCACUGCUAUUGAACACGCCCUGCCUGCGGUCGACCACGCCUUAUCAGUGAGCAGCGACUCAGGAAACUCGACGGCGUCAAUUAAAACGGACAGAACGGAUGAAGUAGCAGCAGUCCAUUCGACCGUGAACCUGCCAAGUGUUCCCACCGUUGAGGAGGUACCUAAAGUCCAUCACCACGACCAGCAACCCAUCAGCCUGCAGGAGAAACAGGAGCUGGAGCAGCUCCUGGGUGGACUGGAGGGGCACAUGCAUCGUCAAGGCUACCAUGGCUCCCUGACCUCUGCUGUUGAAGGGAUACUCCACCGGGUGCCCGCUCAAGUCCAUGUGAAUGGUCACCGCAACAUUGACCGGGAAACUGACAUUUUAGAUGAUGAAUUACCGAGCAGUCAAAAGGCCAAUAGUGUGGACAGUCUGGGGACGUUCUCCUCAACCGAUGGCCGAGCAACGCCGGCGGAUCUCUACUACCAGUCGGAAUCCAUCAUUAAUGGCCAGGACCAUGUGCCGUAUCUGGAGCGCAGUGUUGCAGAAAGCCCAGUGGAAACAGUGCAAUCGCAAAUUUGCAUAACAGACCGGCCAGUUACACUGACUCGGAAUGAUUCAGUCCCAGCCUCAAAUUAUGUGCCAACUCAGAAUCUGUACCGCUCACAGUCAUUUAGUAUAGAUACACAGUCUAUGCCGCCAGCUCCCACCCGGUCAACCAGUAGCAGGGAUGCCGUCCAACGUGGUCUCAAUAUUUGGCAUCGGUUCGGUGUGCCUGAAGAGCCUGUAACUGUGGGUCUCACUUUCGGGACACCGCCCGCUGCGAUAACAAUGCAGGCUCAGCAGAACCUUCCACAGUUCCCUCAUCACCACAGUGCUUCACAGGAAGAGAUUGAGAAAUCUAUAGAGACGCUCAAUCUUCUCAUGUUGGAUCUGGAGCCGAGCCGUUCUUUGAUACCAAAGUCGCAAAGUGCUCCUCUGAGGGAAACCAGUGUUGUCACCACACAGCCAUCCUUCUCUCAGAGCCAAUGCAGAGCUAUCUAUGAGGUGGACAUGCCUCCGAUGUCCAGUCAGGUUAGCCAUCAGUCACCCGUGAAACCAAGCACACCGGAGCCUGCCCCUGUGUUUGGAUUGAAAACCACCGCAACCAGUCCUUCUUCACCAGCUUCUGCAACUGGUCAGAUCCAGCUCAAGGAAAUUAACACCUUCCAACAAAGCUCAUUGUCCCAGUCCACUGAAGUCUUUGAGCCCCACAAAAUCCACAGUGGUGGAUCAACAUCACCCACUUCAAGGGACUGUGAACCCGACGAAGUCUUCAAUGUUGAAGGACUGGUGGCUCAAAGAGUUGCAGGUGUCCAUACCCGUGCAAUGUCUCUGGAUGAGACAGCAGUUCUGGCCCGGCGUAGGAUCACGAGUGACGCUCCAGAAGACGCUUCCUCCCCCGAAGUCCCAGUUCGUUCCCCUGUUCGUUGUGUUUCUCCGGAGUUCGUCAACGCCAUCGCCAUGAAUCCCGGCGGACGACCCAAAGAGAGACACAUGCACAGUUACCGGGAAGCCUUUGAGGAGAUCGAGGGUGGGCCCACCAGCCUGACCCCCUCAGUUGGUGGUGAGGUGCUUCCCCAAACCCCUGCCUUCCCUACCUCGCCACAAACCCCUUACUUCAACCUGUGUCGCUCACCUCCGGGUCUUGCCAAGACUCCACUGUCAGCUCUCGGGUUAAAACCCCACAACCCAGCGGACCUCCUUCUCAAUCAAACUGGUUCAGCACCCAGAAGUUAUGUGGAGUCCGUUGCAAGGUCAGCUGUUACAGGCGGAGAGCAACCCACAGCACCCCAAAGCGUCAUUCCUCAAGGAAACACUAGAGAGCAACAGAGAAGUCCAAGUCCCGUUUCCCAUGCCCUGAACUUCCCAUUGUCCAGUAGUAGCCCCAUACAGAGCUCACUGGGCGAUCCAGCCUUAGUAGAGAGAAGCUUGAGCAUUCCGUCCCAACCCACUACUGAUUCAAGUUUGCACACUCAGGCAGCAGUGAGCGCAUACUCCACUCCAACGCCCUCAUACCAAGCAUCCACUUCUCCCAAUUCCUCUCAUCUCGAUUCAAUUUCUGCAACAUCCUCCUACCUCGGCAUCACGACUCCAAUACUCUCCAGUCUUGACCCCAACACCCAAACAAGGAGCUAUAUAGCCUCAGAUUCUGGCCAACCUGCCUGCACAGAACCCUCCAAGACUGUACACAGCCCUGGAAGUCCCCAGUUGCAGCACCGGACAUGUAUCCUAACCUCUACUGACAGUCCUGUGUUUGAGAAGCACCCAAGUGCUUUUCGGGAAGGUUCCAUCAUGGGUCAGAAAGUAUCACCAGGUAAUGGCUUUGAGACAGGUAUCCUGGGGUUCAGUGACAGUCCCAUCCUUGGACGCAAUCAGCCUCAGGCAAGUCAGAGUAGCCAAGUACUCAUCCGCCAGGCCUCUAUUGGGCAACAGGCUCAUCAAAGUCCGAUCCUCAGCAGACAGCCGUCCCUGGGACAACCUAUUCCAAGCAGUCCAGUGCUCAGCAGACAUCCAUCUAUUUCCCAAUCCCAUGGAAGUCCAGUAUUGGGCCGUCACCCAUCAGUGUCGCAGGUGUCUCAAAGGAGCCCGAGUUUAGACGGACACCCUAUGCACAGCGGCUAUACCACGCCAGAUGAGCGGCAUGGAAACCUGUCCAGACAGAGCAGUUCCUCAGGGUACCAAGGACCACCUACACCCUCCUUCCCUGUUUCCCCUGCAGUUUACCAGGAUGCAGGAAUGAUGGGGAUGGGCGUUGGGUUCCGACAGGGGAGUGCAACGCCUGGUUUUCAACCUCAGCUUCCAGAAAAGAGGCGCAUGUCGAGUGGCGACAGACCAAAUGGAUCACUGUCAUAUAGCUCAUUGAAUGGACAGAUCAUGUCACCAAUGAGUGGAGGAAGCAAUCCCAGCUACUUCCACACACUUUCAGACUUCUCACGCUUCAAUAUGCCUGAUGGAGGUCCUGAGAGCAGGCUGAAUGUAAAGUUUGUCCAAGAUACUUCAAAGUUCUGGUACAAGCCCGACAUAUCCAGAGAGCAAGCAAUUAAUGUGCUGAGAGAAAGAGAGCCUGGAGCCUUUGUUAUCCGGGAUAGCCACUCAUUCAAGGGGGCUUAUGGCUUGGCUAUGAAGGUAGCCUCGCCUCCACCUUCAGUACAUCAAAACAAGAAAGGUGACAUCACCAAUGAGCUGGUGAGGCAUUUCCUGAUUGAGAGCAGCCCUAAAGGAGUGAAACUGAAGGGUUGUCCCAAUGAGCCAUACUUUGGCUGUCUGUCUGCUUUGGUCUACCAACAUGCCAUCACGCCACUGGCGCUGCCCUGCAAACUGCUCAUCCCUACCACAGAUCUCCUUGAGGAAGAGCCAGAAGUUGUGAAAACAAAUCCGCUGGCUGAUCGACUGAAACAAGGAGCAGCCGACGUCCUUGUUAUCCCAGUGCAGAGGGUCCCAGCCGAGUCCCAUGCAUGCAACGUGCUCUACAUUAACUCUGUGGAUAUGGAGUCACUGACGGGCCCCCAGGCCAUUGCGAAGGCCAUAUCUGAGACACUGGCCGCCGCUGCUUCUCCAUCUACUGCCACCGUUGUGCACUUCAAGGUGUCUUCGCAAGGCAUCACACUGACUGACAACCAGAGGAAGCUUUUCUUCCGGCGCCACUAUCCUUGCAACACUGUCACAUUCUGUGAUAUUGACCCUCAGGACAGAAAGUGGAACAAGCCAGAAGGGGGUACAGCCAUGUUGUUUGGUUUCGUGGCACGCAAACAGGGAAGCACAACGGACAACGUGAGCCACCUCUUCGCUGAGAUGGACCCCGAGCAGCCGGCCAGCGCGAUUGUCAACUUUGUCACCAGGAUGGUUACUUUGCAAAAGCGAUGAGCGCGUUCAAGGAAACCCUGGCACUUUUUCCCCCUCCCCCCCCAAAUGCCUUUGGUGACUUUUCCCCUCCUUUGAAUGACGGACACUCCCUUUCUCUGUGGACACUUAGUGUUGUUUCUUGGCGUGUAAGCGCAUUUUUGUGGCUGUGCGUGUGUGCGUGCUUCUUGCUUGUGCCUUUCUUUUGGGACGGACUCCAGAGUGAACCUGAGGAAGUGCAGAAAGGGGGCGUAGCUGGGCAGGACAAUGGGACGGGAGGCACUUUGGGUCUCCCUGGAAGGGAAACGUUUGGACGGCGUGAGUGCAAAAUGUUCAUAUGUAGUUUGUUAGAACAAAAUCCCAGCCAUAACAUGGGGGGAAUGUAAUUGUGGCCACUCUACUGUAGAUAGAGUAAACCCCCAUCAGUGUCAGGGUGAAAAAGCAUGAGUAACCAACACCAAAAAAAAAAAUCUAACAUUAAAGAUACCACAAAUUAUGACAUUUAAUAUAAUUUCAAACCCACUGUACAACAUUACAUUUAAAGGUCCCGUAUUUUGGCUAUUUAGACCUCCAUAGAGUGUCUCUCUAACAUGGACUUAGUAUAAAAGUCCCAAUUUCAUUUUUUAAAAAUGAUAUUGGUUUUGUCAUACGAGUGUCCAGAAAAGGCUCCUCUGACAGCUACUUCUGUUUGACCCAGUUUUGUAUCCGCUUUGUCCAUGUUUGGCUAAGACCACCCUCUUUCCUCUGAUUGGUUGCCUCUGCGUAAAAGACCCACUUGUGAGAGCACACGUUUGUUAUGUUGACAGCGCUAGAGCGGAGAGGUAGGCAGAGACCUUCCCUAGUGACAUAGAUAAGCUUGACAAAUUCAAAUGACCUGAUUUCAGGCCUCUCGGCAGAAAAACAUCUGGAACUCAGGAAUGUACGAACAAUUUUAAUUCAUAUUUCACAUUUACUGAGGGACUAUAAAGAAAAUAUUACACCCCAAAUAUUAGAAAAUGUUGGCCUGGCAAAAUAUAUCCCCUUUAAGCACAUAGGGCUAUAGUAUAGAAGAUUUGAUUUCGGAAGAAAUGCACCGGAGGUGCGUGUACAUCUAAAUACCCUGAAGACUCUCCGUAACAACCCAGGCUAAACAUUGCUCCUCCCUGACAUUCAAAGCUUGUCUCUCAAUCGAGAUGUAUCACGUCAACAUGCUGUGCUUCCUUGACAACUACUUAGCUUGUAGCAACUUAGGGCGUUUCAGAAAGAGCACAAAAAAAGGGAAAUUCACCGAUGUCCCCUCAAAGAUUUUUCAGCGAAUAGCUGGCAAAAGGUGAAUUCUUAUAUCGCCAAUAGCGAAUAUGUAGAGAAUUACUGUAUAGUGUGCACACAAAAUGGUAAUUUGGGGACAUGAAAAAGACAUAACAUGCACAUUACAAAUUUGUGGCCACGCAGUUGCUAUGUAGAGGCCGAGCUCAAAACAAUAUACGGGGAUAGAUAUCUUUGUUGUCAUUGUACAGGUACAAUGUAAUUUUGGCCAAGUAAGCCUGCAGAUCCGUUUAUAAAAAGCAAAAUGCACAAAAUACAUAGUAUGUACAGUAAACAGUACUCUUUUGUGGCCACAAUUAUUUUCCCUCUCAUGUCAUUCCUGGGGUUCUAUAGUUUUGUGUAUUCACAAGAAGAAAAAAGUCAAGUUGUGUGACCUUGGUGGAUUGUAAAUCUUAACUUUUUGAGGUCAACCAAAGAGUUUUUGUAAAAAAAAAAAAAAAAAAAAAAACACAAAAAAAAACCAACAACACAAAAACAAGCAAACAAACAAAAAAGUAGUCAGGGCUUGCACAGUGGGUCAAGUUUGGAAGUGUUCUUUUGUAAAAACAAAUAUGGCUGCUGGAUUGUUACAUUCUGUAUGUACUGAUGAUACUGUAGGUCAAUGACGCACCAUUGACUGCUCGCGAAAACAAUGUUACAGGGGUGUUUUUUUGUUUUUGCUUUUUACAGCCUACUAUAUGCUGCGUGUAAAUACUUGGACUGAUGUUAGGAGACAUACAGUAUGGUGCCUGACUUUCUUUUUAUAAAUCAGCUUUUUUUAAUUAAAAAUAAAACCAAAACAAAAAAACUAAUUAAAAAACCAGAUCAUUCAGCUAGGCUUUCUUAAUUAUCCCUAAACAAAUGUGCAAAAUUCUGAUUUCACACGUUGUGACCUGUUUAAUAUAGUAAUACAGCUCAAGGCACAUCAGUACUGCCCAUAGAACUGAAAACUCAAAAUCACACAAAAAUGCAAUUCAUUCCUCACCUUCUAUUAUUUUCACAAUACACAAGGGUAAAAAAGUGUUUUCUAUGUGUGUAAGUGGCUUUAUAGAAAAGCGCUGUGCCAUUACACUGUUCUUUAUUUUAUCUUUUGUUUUGUUUAAAAUCUGUCUAUAGCGCUGCACCAGCUGGUCAAACUAUACAUUCACACCUUACGCAAAACUAAGCUAUAUAUAGAUACAUACAGAUAUGAAUAUAUAAAGAAAACUUCCAGUGAAGAUAUUUAUUUUUGCUUUGUUGCGUGAUGCUCUCUUGUAUACAUGUAUUAUGUAAAAAGGUAUGCAAAAAGAACACAGAAACAAGAACAGAAUGCUUUUUUUAAAAAAAAUAUAGUUAAUUCAAAUAUUAUAGGGAUUAAAGUGAGUGUAUCACUGAUUUAUUUUCAUAGUAUAGUAAAACUGUUUUUUCCGCCAUGUUUUGUAUGAGUCCAAAAUUUGACUUAUUGUAAAGAAAAGCCAACAUAAUCCAUUGUCCAACUCGAGCGCUUAACUUCAGUCGGAAUUAUGUUUCCACUUUAUAGAAAUAAGGAGAAUAUUACCAUCAAAACAGUUUGGUCUAGUGAUUCCCAACCUCGUUGCCGCGACACAUUAGUGUGAAAUGUCAUUUCAUUGGUCUGAAAAUGAUUUGUUUUAUUUACGAUCAAUAAUGUGUCUAUGUUCAUCCAUCUACGCCAGUGACGUAUAGUGACAGGCAAAAGAAUGAAAUGCUCUUCCCCGAGAUGACAGAAGGUAAAAGUAACCUGUGAAUACACCUGUUGCCAUUCAUACAAGAGAAUAAUAGCUUUGUAUUCAAUUUAACGGGCUCACAUUUCACCAUUAAUCAGUAAAUUUGCGAUUAUUUCACCAUAUAUACUUUUUGUGACAUUUUGGUUCAUUUGGUGGCGUGCCAUGAGAUUUUUUUUCUCAUGUCAUAAUGUGCCUUGGCUCAAUAAAGGUUGGGAAACACUCGUCUAGUCAGUGGUUGUUCUCUUGUGGCAGACAGGGAUCAUUACAAGGCGUAUGUAAUUCUAAAUCUAAUACAGUGUUUUAACUGUAUCAAUCUGAACCCAGAGAACCUAAAAAAAAAACAAUUUUUUAUGCUUUUGCAUUUGGCAGUAAGAUUGACACAUACAGUACAUAUUUAAUGCAUGUUAGUUUUAAGGCCUGCACUGAAUCCCGAAUAAUAAUAAUUCAGCCAUUGAAAUUCUACAAAAAAAAAAAAAAAAAAAGCUUGAGCACUUAAAAAUGCAUUUUUUUAAAUACAAUGGCAGCGGUAUUUAUUAUCAGAUUACUGCAUGAAAAGUGUUAUAACGGCAUAAACAACAUCAUGGUCUUAUGAGACAUUUGUUACAUUUCAAUCAUAACAAAGAAAACAGUAUUCAGUAAAUGCUUGCAAGUGCAUGUUGAGAAAAGAGGAGUGGACUGGACAAGAAUGUAUGCCGUCCCUUUGCCCAGAUGAAGACGCCCACCCACCCCAUCAGUCCAUGUUGGACUGCAGAGAAUCACUGAGCUCCAAUGUUUGUAUAGAGAGCAUUGUCAUAUUUGGUUUGCUACAUUGUAUGUAUGGCUUUCACUAUUUCUGAUGGAAAAAUACAAAUAAAAAGCAGUUCCAAAAAAAAAAAAAAA